AUGGCUGAAAAGGCGCCACUGCUCGCAUCCGACGCGUCCGCCACCGUACAGCCAGGCCACGUGCAACGCUACUCCAAACGUCAAGCGUUGGGAAGGGUGCUCGCCAUCGCUGCGACGGCUUCGAUCAUACUCUAUGGACUCCCGCAAUUGGAUGAUGAGCCUCUCGGCAACUACCCAGAGGAGAGCGAACUAUGCAUGACUCCUGCCUGUGUCCAUGCGGCUUCCGAGGUUCUUUACAACCUCUCGCCUCAAUACAAAGAGCUUGACCCGUGCGAUGACUUUGAAGAACUUGUGUGCGGCGGAUGGAGGGAACGUCAUGAUCUGCGAGCUGACCAGGGUGAUGCCUUCACCGGGACUAUAAUGUCUGAAAACUCGCAAAUGCUGCUUCGUCAUAUUCUUGAGGCACCAUACCCAAAAGACUCUGAGCAUUCCUACUUCUCGCCUAUGCAGCUUAUGUCAGUCGCCAAGUCUGCGGAUGAGGUCAACUUUGACAAGAUGAAGGCUGCAUACGAUGCCUGUCUCAACGAAGAUCAAAUCAAGAGCAUCGGCGCUGAGCCUCUCAAGCAUGUUCUCGAAGAGAUUAGGAAGGUCUACCCUGCUGCGACCUCAGACUCACACUCAAUCAAAGACGCCAUUCUCCUUCUCGCUAAGUACGGUGUCACUGGACUUGUCUCAGCUGGCACAGGUGCGGACGAAACCAACCCAGACACCGUCGUCGUGUCUGUUAGUGCGCCAUGGAGCUUCGGAUUACCUUCCAAAGAGCGUUACGAAGACGACAAGCUUGUUGAAAAGUACCGUGCUGUGACUGUUGAAGUACUGAGUGCUCUGUACCCAGAUCAAGACAAGGCCGUGUUUGAAGGUAUCAUCGAUCUUGAGAAGAAGCUUGCGGCUGCGUCUCCUAGCGAAGAAGACCGUGAAGAUGUCACGAAGUACUACAACCCGAUGUCUAUUGACGAAGCAGCUGCAAUUGCUCCAGAAAUCGAGCUGAAAGCGCUUCUCGCGGACCAGGCGCCUCACGGUACGGACAUCAAACGUGUCAUUGUAAUGACACCGCAUUACCUGAAGGACCUAUCAGCAAUCCUCGCAGCUACGCCAAAAGAUGUCCUCCAAAGCUACUUUGUAUGGAAGGCGGUUCAAUCUUUCUCUUCUUACGUCGAUGCGGAAGCUGUCAAGCCCUACCGUCGCUUUGUCAACGUGCUCUCGGGCAAGGACCCGGACUCCGCCCCUGAACGCUGGCGCACAUGCGUUAGCCAUGUAGACAAUGGCUUAGGAUGGAUUUUGAGCCGCUUCUUCGUAGAGAAGGCCUUCUCAGCUGACGCAAAGAAGUUUGGUGACACCAUCAUCACGGACAUCAAGACCGAGUUCGCCAAGAAGCUGAACGCUGCAGACUGGAUGGAUAAGGAUACCACAAAGAAGGCUGUUGAGAAAGUGCACAACAUCGUCCAGAAAAUUGGAUACCCCACGAAAAGCCCUGACAUCAUGGACCCGCCUACACUUGAGGAGUACUACGAGACUGUCAACGUAUCAUCAGAUGCAUUCUUUGCCAAUGCCCUUGCGAUGCGCCGCUUCGCUGUCAAGGAAGAGUGGUCUGCACUCGGAAAGCCCGUCGAUCGCGACCAGUGGGACAUGACUGUUCCCACAGUAAACGCAUACUACAACCCUCCUGGUAACGAGAUCGUCUUCCCUGCUGGUAUCAUGCAAUUCCCGGUCUUCGAUGUCAAUGUACCCGCCUAUAUGUCAUACGGCGCUUUCGGUGCUGUUGCUGGCCACGAACUUAGCCACGCUUUCGAUAGCACCGGGCGCCAUUACGAUCAGAAUGGCAACUACACUGAUUGGUGGUCCAAGGAGACCGUGGAUGCCUUCAAGCACAAGGUCGAAUGCUUUGUCGAACAGUACUCGAACUUCACCAUUCCCGGACCCGACGAUAAGCCUCUACACGUCAACGGUCGUCUUACUCUUGGUGAAAACAUCGCUGACGCUGGUGGUCUGUCGGCAUCUUUCCAGGCUUGGAAGCGCCGCUCAGCUGAGACACCAAACAAGAACUUGCCUGGCUUGGACCACUUUUCUCAAGAGCAGAUGUUCUUCGUCAGCUACAGCAACUGGUGGUGCGGCAAGACUCGCAAGGAUACCGCAAUUAACCGCAUCUACACCGACCCGCAUGCCCCUAAGUGGGCACGUAUUCUGGGCACUAUGGCGAACUCAAGGGAGUUCAGGGAGAGCUUCCAGUGCAAGGUUAAGGAACCUACUUGCCAGCUCUGGUAG